AUGCACGUCCGAGAAAAGCCGGGCGACACGACCGCUCACAACAUGUUUGGGCUUCCUGCAACGGACGAAAUCGCAUGCCAUCACGACACACCAACACAUGUUGUUGUGACCCUUUCGAAAUACUCGAGUACCACUAAUAACUUCAUACGGUACGGCGAAACCUUCAGCAGCAAGACAAACCCUGUCUACUAGAGCUAGCUAGCAGCCAACAACGGAGCGAUCUCGGGCCUGAGCCGGGUUCAAUUGAGUCUAAAGGAGCAAGAUCCAGAUUGUGGCAUUGAAGCAACGGCUGCCGAUACCCCUGCAUAUUAUCCCUCGUUGAUUUCUUUACCAAGACGCCAGAUCUCUGACAAAGAUCAGAGAGACGAGGCGGCUACAUUUGUCUCCCUGGUUGUCAGAUAGAACGAGAAAUCGUCGCUUGUCGAGGCCAUAUACUCCAGACACUCCUGUCUUUCAGCCGGUAGCUAAACAUCCACGCAACAAUGGUCGACGUUUUGUCAAUAGUGGGCAAUGUGCUCCUCUUUGCUCUGGUAUUCGGCAUGUCCGCUACGGUCGAUAUCCAAUGUAUGCAAGAACAAAUUCGAAACAAAAAGGCAAUUGCUACAGGAAUAGCUCUGCAGUUUAUGGUCCUUCCACUCCUGGGUUUCGUGGUCGUCAAUACGCUGAAUCUGGAUCCUGACAUGGGGAUCACGCUAUUGGUGGUCACAUCCAGUCCUGGUGGAAGUUACAGCAAUUGGUUCUGCUCUGUCUUCAAUACCGACUUGGCUCUCAGUGUUACCAUGACAGCAAUAAGCACCAUUCUCAGUAUAGGCUUUCUGCCGUUGAACUUGCUAAUCUAUGCAAAGUAUUCUUAUGAAGCCGAUGUUAUCAGUGAACUGGAUUGGCCAUCUUUGUUCAUUGCGCUCAUCAUUGUCAUCUCUGCCAUUGGUAUCGGACUAUAUUGCUCCUACCGAGUCAAAUCCUUUGCAUUCAACAAGCGGGCCAACCAGUUGGGGAACUUUGCGGGGCUGGCCUUGAUUAUCUUUUCUGCAACCAUGGCAAAUACGGGAGAUUCUGAUUCCAAAAUAUGGAGCAGAGGCUGGGAGUUCUAUGUGGGUGUUUCGCUGCCCUGCUUGUUGGGAUUAUUAAUUUCGAACAUUGUAGCCACCUCGUGCCGGCUGAAAGAACCAGAACGAGUGACUGUUGCCAUUGAGUGCAUUUAUCAAAACACUGGUCUUGCAACGAGUGUCGCAUUAGCCAUGUUCAAGGGAGACGAUCGGAACGAUGCCAUUGGGAUUCCUUUCAUGUACGGGGUCGUUGAAGGCGUCGUCAUUGGGAUCUAUUGCCUUUGGGCGUGGAAGGCAAAUUGGACAAAAGCACCCGCUAGUACACCGUUUUGGGACAUGAUCAUGACUUCGUAUGAAGUAGUUCAUGCAGAGGCUAAAGAACUGAGAGAGAUUGAAAUAUCCUACAAUGACAGUGAGGUGGAUGUCUUUGAUGACGAACAGAGUGAGAGUGGCGAAGUACUCACUCACUACUUCAAUGCAAGCUCCAGUCAGCUCCAAAUACCAGAACUGGAAAUACCGACAAAUCGGCUAGACAUGUCGUCGUCAGAUCGGCCGGAAAUAUCAAAUCGGAUGGAUCCUGGCAAUGGGAAAAUGGGAUAGCUACAUCCUGUCUGGUGCCGUUUCCUCCCAGAAUGAUUCAAUCUGUAAACUAUUGCUCAAAUAUCCGUAUCGGAAGGUAGAAACUCGAUCGACGCAUAAACACCACUAAAAUCUCAUAUUUUAUUGGCCAACAAUCUUUGUGACUUCGUCAACCCAGCUUCGGUCUAGCUUGCAGGCCCCGCAACACUGGCGAUCGAUUGGAACCGCGCUUUCGGCUUGCCAGCGUCGAAAGUGGGAGCGACUACUUCAGGCCAGUGGAAGAAUGGACUGACUACAAUACUCUUUUUAAAAUGACUUAGUUGAAUUUUUAUGUGC